GGAUUAGGGCACGCAUUGCUUCUUAUUCUUCCUCUUCAUUUGCUUGCUGUUUGUUUCUCCGAAUCAAUCAAUCCCUGUUGUUGUUGUUGUUGUUGCUGCGCCAAUCGUUUCCACACCUCUCUCUCUCUCUCGCUUUCUCUGCCGUGUGGCCCUGCUGCUCCGCCCAUCUCAUUUUGGCUCUUCCUCUGGCCGCUGUGGAGCGUCGUUGUGGGACUCUAGGCUGCCUUCCUCUGCGGAUCUAGCCGCAGCUAAAACCGUCGCGGUUGAUCGGCUUCAGGAUUAUUGUUAUAUUCGGGCGUCUGGUGUUUUGAACCAGUCUCAUAUCACUGAGGAUAUUUUUAAGUACUUUGGUUGAGAGAGGAGCGUGUUAUUGCCUAUCACUUUGCUGGCUUAUUUUGCAACCUCGUAGGAUAUACACGUCUCUCUCUUUCUCUCUCUCUCUCUCUCUCUCGGCAAGAUGGUGGGAGUUAUCGAAACCCCGAUUGCGCCCGUGGAGGUUGAAGACAAGGUUGCAGUCUCAAAGCCUGCGUCUACGCGUCGGGUGAAGAGGUUGGAGAGACCAGACAAAGCUGGAUUCGAAGAAACUGUCGGAAAAUUGCAUGCCGAGAUGGAUGGCCUUCAGGACCGCGUGCGGGAGAUCAAGAGCAUCCUGGACAAAAGGCAGCAGAGUAGAGGCAUGGUCUCACCGGAGGUUGUAGUAGCGCGUGGACGUCUGACCGAGCUGAGUGCCACGUUCCGGAGCGUCUUAGAAACCAAAAAUGCUCUUCGCAACGAGCUGAGCGUGGUUGAGAAGGAGCGGGACAGGAGGCGAUCGGAAGUGAGAUCGCUUCUUGAGAAUUUGCCUUACUCCAGAGUGGAGCAGAUUGACGAGGAGCUGAAGAAGCUUCAGUAUCGGCAUACCCAUACAUCUCUCACGCUUCAGGAGGAGAAGAAAGUGCUGCAACAGAUGAAGGACCUUACAAAGUCGCGCGACAUCUUGAAGGAUCAUGAUGAGAAGCUGCAGAAGAAUUCGCAGGGUGCUGACGCGAGGACAGCUUUGCUUGAACAAAUCAAAGAGAAGGAUGCCUUGCUCAACAGCUUGAAGGCACAGGAGCAGGAACAGCGGAAGGUUCUUGCAGACAUCAAGGAAAAGGAGGCCUCGCAGGCAAUCAACGUCCCUGCAAUGAUUGAGGAGAGGAAUGUAGCAUAUGAAAGAAUAAAAGUGUUGCGAGAUGAGGUGAAGGAUCUACGAACAGACUUCCGGGCUAAGGAAAGUGAGUUUUGGGAACGGGAGAGGGAAUGGAGAGAGCAGCAGGCUGUAGAGAGGAAACGUGCCUUUGAGAAGAGGGAGGAAGAAAGGAAAGAGAGGGAAGCGUACCGUAAGCAGAAAGAGCUCGAGAAUUUUGUAGAGCCUUACACAGAUGAGAUCAUCUUGUGUGACCAGCUCUUUCAUUACCUCCAGAAGUUCGCUCCUUCGACGGAAGAAGUUACCACAAACCCAGCCUCCUCCAAGGUAGAAAUUCAGGCUCCCAAAGGAGUUGGAAAUAUGAUCCUAAGCAAAAAGAAUAGGAACGACGAGGAGCUAGAUGGGUGGUUUGCUGGUUCUGGAGGGAAAUCCAAAGGAAAGAAAGCUGGAGCCGUGAAGAACAAGGAAAAAGAGAAAAUCUCUCAUUCUUUGGACGCUCUUACCUCGUUUCAGAAGGUAAAUCUCUCUCCACCCACGACAGUCGGUGAUGUUGCGAAAUGCGUCGAGGGGGUGAAAGCAAAGAAGGAACAUUUCGUGAAGCUACAGAUCGAAGAUAGAGAAUCUAGAGCAGCCCAGAAAGAAGCCGCAGAUCUUAAGUCAGUAGAAUCUGAAGCUAAGGUCGUGGACCCUUCUCCCGAACUAGAGGUUGAGCAAUCGAACAUUGUUCAACCAGAAGGUGAGCAACCAGACAUUGUGGAUGACGACAACGUUCUCCAGGAGGAUAGUGUAGUGGAGGAGGUCGUUGCCGACGUUCUUAAUUAGCACCGUUGUACAUUCUUUUCAAAUGCAAGGAAGUGGAUAUUCUGGCAGGCUUGAUGUGCCAAACCAUUCAGUUAUUGAUGUUGAUUCGUAUUAUGCAGCAUAGCUGUUUCUAUCGUGAAACUGCAAUUGGUAAAGGUGAUAUAGAUAGUGGUGUGGUGAUUUAGUGCAAGCCAGUUCAGACGGCUGAGGAAUUAAUACUCUAGAACUUUUCAGUAGGAAUGUUGAGACUCAAUAGGACCCACAAGAAGCCCCAAGAGGGGCAAACUGGAGGGGAGCUACAAACGAGGCUCCAAUGCCCACAGAUGGGGUUGUAUGGGGUGGUGGUCAUUGAGAGCCUAAACUUGCUGUUUGUGUUGAAAUCUAAAAUAGAUGAACAUGGAACUUGCCACUACCACUUUUCAAAUA